AUGUUAAUUAAUCAAGAAAUUUUGAAUAGUUCAACAGAAUCUUUAAUUAGUCAACAUGAACAAGCAUUAGUUAUUAAGACUCAGAAUUUAGACGAUCAAUGUGAUUUAGAGAUAUCAGACAACAGCAUAUUAGUUAUUCAAAAUAAUUCAAGCCAAAUAUUAAAUAAUCAAAAUCGUUCAACUUUGUCAAAUCUUGUUAACAGGAUUCAAAAUUGUCCAACUUCAAGUCAUUCUUUAGCUUAUUUGGAUCCAACUAAAUCAUUAGUUAAUGAGAAAAAAAACAUGAACUUAAGAGAAAGAAAUGCAGUUCACAAAUUGAAAAAUGCAGAUUUACAAGUAAAGAACACAGCAUAUCAAGAAAAAAUUUUAACUCUCGAAUCAGAAAAUAAAGAUCUCAAGCAAAGAUAUAAAACUCUCGAAGAAAUUCAUUCCAACCUAAAAACAAAACAUGCAAUUCUUGAGUUGAAGCACACAAAUUUUAAAACGUCUCAUACAAAUCUUAAAACACAAAUUUCAGAAUCCAAAAAGAAAAUCAAGGAACUCGACAAUAAAUAUAUAGAACUCCAAAUAAUACUUGCCAAAAGAGUUGAAGCAGAAUUGGUAGAGACAAUCAGUGAUUUGCAACAACAAGUUAAAGGAAAAAAUCAAAGGAUAGAAGAAUUGGAAAAUGAGAAAUUAGAUAGAGUUGUAGAACAGAGGAAAAAAAAUAAUUGUAAAAACAAUUUACAGCCUCCCUCUGAUCCUAAUUGGCAGCCUAACCAAUUCAUUCAUCAAUUUCAGCAGAAUAAUAAUCCUAAUUGUCAUCAUCAACCUAUCUAUGAUCAAAUUCAACAGAAUAAUAAUAAUUAUGAACUUCAACCUGGAAGUUUCCAAACCACCAAUAUUUCAAAUGAGUUGCCAGAUUAUUGUUCUACCUAUGAAACAGCAACUGCUAAUACAACGGAUAUUAACCAAAUUCAGGUUUCAUCUCUUAUCAAUCAAGUAAAUGCUAAUGCCACUGUUUUUAUUAGUCAAGGACGUUCAAAACUUC